AUAUUUAGUUGAUUGCAAAAAUAACGUUUGGGGAAAUGUGGAAAAACUAAUUUCCUAUCCUAUUGAAUGAUUGUUAUAAUCAGGGUUUCAAAAUUAAAGUUUUCAACAUAAAGAAAAGUGUAAGCGAUGAUAUACAGUGAGAUUUUUUUUUCUUUGUUUUUCUCCAUCAGCAGGUGGAGACGGCUCUCUGUUAUCGCGAGAUCUGGAAAAAUUCCCGGAGCUCCUUUUCCAUUCCCUCUCGCUCCGUUAGAAAAGAAGAAAAUGAACGCACCGCGGCUAACCGGGCUAGUUAUGGAGCAUAAUCCGACCUUUGCUUUCUGCAACCGGUAAAUAGGUCGUUUGUCUGAAUGCGAUGCUUCUGUUAGGAGGAAAGGCACUUAAAAUAGGUUUUCAAAUGAUUCUUUUUUAGAGUUAAGUUGAAGACGGGAAGCUGGAAAGGAUUUUGUUAGCAAGUGUAUCUGCGUGCUAGCAAGCCGCUAACCGUGGCAUAGCAAAAGGGUACUAGAUAAACUUCGCAUAGAGCGACCACUGCAAAUGGGUUAGCAGCCUGCAAGCUUCGCUGUGGGUCGUUUCCUUCAAACUGGAGGCUUUUCUGCCCGUGGACGCUCUGCAUUCUAGCGUGUACGCAACACAGUUAUACAAAUGUUGUGUUUUAUGGUCAACUCCGCUCCCGAAUUGAUAUUUCCUGGCAAGCUAACAGGAUAUUAGCCGCCUCCUUAGUACAACUUCGCUUUGUGGUUGCAGGCCACGCACUAAAAGGCAUUUAUUAGUGACGGGAUGAUGGGAAGACGGGCUUAAUGGAAGCUAAAUAGUUAUUGGGAUGCAGCAAUUGUAAUUGGCUCUAUACGUACCACAUUUUAAAAGUUUCCCUCCUCCGGUCUAAACGCACAAUGUGUCAAAUUGUUGGUUCAUUUUACCAAGUGGCGAUAGCGGAUACGUAAAAGCAAAGAGCUGGAUUACAUUACCCCGGAAAAUAACGUUUAGUUUAAAGAAACAUUAAUUAUGUCUACCGCAAAAGAAAAUCCGUGUAGAAAGUUCCAGGCGAAUUUUUUCAACAAAAGUAAAUGUCAAAAUUGCUUCAAACCUCGGGAGCUACAUCUAAUGACUGAUCAAGAUCUGACACAGGCUAAACCCAUUUAUGCUGGAUGGCUGUGUCUGGCUCCUGAGGGAACUGACUUUGAUAAUCCAAUGCAGAGAUCUCGGAAAUGGCAACGAAGGUUCUUUGUACUAUACGAACAUGGCUGUCUGCGCUUUGCACUGGAUGAGUCGCCAAGCACACUGCCUCAGGGCACAGUGAACAUGAACCACUGCACAGAUGUCAUUGAUGCAGAGCCAAAAACAGGCCAGAAGAACUCAUUGUGCAUCGUCACCCCUGAACAGGAGUACUUCAUCAGAGGAGAGAGUAAAGAAAUCAUCAAUGGAUGGAGUGAACAGCUGAUUGUUUAUCCCCGAACCAACAAACAGAACCAGAAGAAAAAACGUAAAGUGGAGCCUACAACCUCCCAGGAACCAGGUCCAGCUAAGGUAGCUGUGACUGGAUCUGGGAUCCCUGAAGCAGAAAAGGUACCUGACUCAAGUUCUAUCAUUUGGCAAGAGGAGUUAAAUCAGAGAGAGGCUGAAGGGGAAACAGUCUGGACUGCUGCUGACCAUCCUCCAGGGUCAUCGUUACCCCCUACAGGUGACAUUGGGUCUGUGGGUCCUAGCUCUGAUGCAGGCUCUGUGAAUGGGGACGGUGUAGACUGGAGCAGCCAACCGCUUGUUGGCUCAGCACCUCAAGCCCCCAGUGAUCUCGUCUCCCCAACAGGCUCUUGUUGCAGCUUGGGAGGGGUGCCACGCUGCCAGUCUCCUGUGCCCAGCGACCCCUUUCCCUCAGGAAGCUCUCUGCUCUCCAAUGGCUCUCACAUCAGCGGCUCUGUCAGCUCUCUUGACUCUGAUGCCAGUGGCAGUACGGUCACCAGCAACGACAGCCACCAACAAAGCCAAAGGGUCGGACAUCAUGACACGACGCGGGCCCGCCGGAUGGAAGCAGAGGCCAGAAAGGCUGAGAGGAGAAGCCGGUUUAGAAGUCCGGAGAGGCAGGAGAUGGAGGCCCUCUUCAGCCCUGAAAGGAGUCGCUCUGGUGUCAUUGAAAAGUUGGAGGCUUUGGAGCUGGAAAACCCUGAGAAGAUGGAGGUUGAAGAGGCAGGAAGAAGCGGAGGCAGACAGGGGCGCAGCGAGUACAGGAAUUACAGAAAGGAGCUGAGGCAGGAUGCAGAUCCAGGUUUGGACUUUUCCUCCAGACUGCCCCCCUUGAGAAGAGCCAAGUCUUUGGAUCGAAGGACCACGGAGUCUGUGAUGACUCCAGAUUUGCUCAACUUCAAGAAAGGAUGGAUGGUAAAACUGGAUGAGCUAGGCCAGUGGAAAAAGUAUUGGUUUGUGCUGACUGACCAUAGUCUGAGAUACUACAAGGAUUCAAUCGCAGAGGAGGCCUCUGACUUGGACGGGGAGAUUGACCUGACUACAUGCUACAGUGUCACAGAAUAUCAAGCUCAGCGAAACUAUGGUUUUCAGAUUCAUACUUCGGAUGGAGUUCACAUUCUCUCUGCCAUGACAGCAGGAAUACGCAGGAAUUGGAUCCAGGCAGUCCUGAAGAAUGUUCGACCCUCCACUGCCCCUGAUGUGGCCAGCUCAACUGAAGAUCAUGGAUCUUUUACUCCACUGGAAGGUCUGGUUAGACCAGAUGUAGCUCAGGACUUUGCCUCAUCAGAGGCUUCUUCUGUGGACAGAGAACCUGCAUCAGGAGUUAUAAGAAGCCGAGCUCGUGAGCGCAGACGAGAAGGCCGCUCAAAGACUUUUGAUUGGGCCGAAUUUAGACCCAUCGCCCAAGCUCUGGCUCAGCAGCGGGCGCAGGAGGCAGAAAGCCUGCAGACGGAUGCAAGCGAGCCUGAACGCAGUCGUAGGAGAGAAGUAAGGUGGAAAAGAUACGAGUCUGUGACGAGCUCUGAGCACAAAUCCAUCACAGAAGGAGGGAGGACAGAUUGUGAGACGAUCGGGAACCCCACAGACUCUCUGGAAAGGCAGCAGAGGGUAGAGGAGGUGAUUGAAGAACAUUGGCGACAGGUGGAGAAGACACCCAUCCGAGAGGAGAGGAGAGUUCCUUUACCCAGCACGGUGCCAGCGACCACAGACACGGCAGAACUGGAGCUCCUGUUGGACAGCCACAAGCAAGGGAUAAAAGAGUUAAAGGCCCAAUUGGAAACCUGCCAUCAACAGCUGCAGGACUCCAACCAGCACAAGCAGGAGCUGGAGUUUCAGCUGAGAAUGGCUUUGGAGAGAGAACAGCACAUCCGGACUGGUUACAUAUCUCCGCUGGAGCAUCCUUUGGGUCUGGAGGCCGAUGUGGCGCCCCAGAUGAAGAGGCUCGAACUGGCCACCUGUGAGAGAGGGUUUGCUGCAAUGGAGGAAUCCCAUCAGAGAGUGAUUGACGAGCUGCAGAGGAAGCACCAAAGGGAGUUGGAAAACCUGCAAGAGGAGAAGGAGAGACUGCUGGCAGAGGAGACGGCGGCCACCAUUGCUGCUAUAGAAGCCAUGAAGAAUGCUCACCGGACAGAGCUGGAGAAGGAGCUGGAGAAGGCUCGCAAGGCCAGCAGCAACACGGAGAACGCAGACAUAGAAGAGAUCCGUAGGCAGCACGAGGAGGAGCUGUGCUCUUUCCAGCGGGAGAUUGAAGUGUUGUCGGAGCAGUAUUCCCAGAAGUGCCUGGAAAAUGCCCAUCUAGCCCAGGCGCUGGAGGCAGAGAGACAGGCCCUCAGGCAGUGUCAAAGAGAGAAUCAGGAGCUCAAUUCACACAACCAGGAGCUGAACAACCGCCUAGCAGCAGAAAUCACCAAAAUGCGUUCCAUGACGUCUGAGGACGGAACAGGAGACACCAAUGCCACCAUCCAGGGCAAAGAGCUGUACGAGCUAGAGGUGAUGUUGAGGGUGAAGGAGUCUGAGGUCCAGUACCUAAAGCAGGAGAUCAACUCCCUGAAAGAAGAACUCCAGGCUGCCCAAAGAGACAAAAAAUAUGCAACAGACAAGUACAAGGACAUCUACACAGAGCUGAGCAUCGUCAAGGCCAAAGCAGAGUGUGACGUGGGCCGGCUCAGAGACCAGCUGCAGCUGGCUCACGAGGCGCUGGGCGAACCGUCUAUGGAGGAUGCAGAGAGGGGGGGAUAUGAUAUCAUGAAGUCCAAGAGUAACCCUGACAUCCUCAAGAUGGCAGCUGCUGCAGCAAAGCGCACAGAGCGUACCAUGAGAUCCAAGUCUGUGAGUCGUGACAUGCCCUGGGACAGUUAGGGCAGCUGAGGACGGGUAGGCCUCCUCCUCCCUUCUCCUUUAGAGUCUGAAGGAAGGGCUGACAGCAGAGCAGAGACUUCAUCUGUUUGACAACAAAGACACUAAGGAGUUCUGACAGCAAUGCUUACAUUCCCACUGUAUUUUAGCUCUGUACAGACCCAUUUAGUAAAACUACACACUGGUCACCAAACACAUGUAAUGUAAUAAACAUGGUUUGAUGACUACAUUUCAUGGUAGAGUUUGCAUUCCCUUCACUUCAAUUAACUGUGACUUUUUUCUUUUUGAUGUCUUUGUGUAAAUAGUGUUUUUAAAGUGAACAUCUGCCUUGCAUACACUAAAAUUGACUGUGUAAGCUACUGUUUUAACAAUCUUAACUGUUGUUGGCCAAGGACACAAACAGGAUGUUCUAUGAUAAAACAAAAUAAAGUAAUCGUUAAAUAUCUGACCUAUGGGAAGUAAUCAUAGCGUUAAUGCUAAUCUGAAACACAAAGUGCUCAUUAUCAAAACAAAUGCCUGCUAUUGUGGCUUCACAAGACUCAGAUAAAAAGAUCUUUACACCUAAGCUAUUGCAAAGGCGACAGCUGAAUGCUUGAGAACAAAGUUCACUGACAUUACGUGAAUGAGAAGUUAUGUUGAUUUUCAUUUCUCUCUGCAGUCAUUGCUCCAACUGUUUAAGACUUUUGUUUGUAGUUUUGUUCAGUGGCAGUCCCUUUGUAUUUAUUUAAAGAUUGGGAUUUGUCUUUAACAUUCCCAUUCCUCUGUAUUCUUAUUAUUGUAAAUAUGAAGCAGAUAUACACCAACUGACAACAGGUUUACUAGUAAUAAAUAUUUUUGCACCCUUG